UUGAGACGCGGCGGGACCAUGGCUACCUUGGGCCUCCGCCUCUACCAAAAGACAGACCCUAAUUCGGAUUUUGCGAUCCUUCUAGAGAACAAGAAGACCAAAAACAGCUUAUUGUUUCAAGCGGGGACGGUCGCGACUCUGUCUCAGCCUGAGACGGACGCAGUGCGGAGUGACCACUAUGGACGGGUGCUGGAUGCAUAUGGCUGCCUUGGGGUGCUGCAAAUGUGCCCACGGAUUUCAUGGGAAGGGGAGAACACGCAAUUGUACCUGGUGGUGGCCACAAAGUGUGUGCGAGUGUGCCUUAUCCAGGGCAGUGCCAUCUACCGCCUCCAGGAAAUUGACAUUGUCUCCCUUCACUCUAUGAGGCCAGCCAACUACAAGCCACAGGAGGAGGAAUCAUGGAUCAAGGAGAUGAAGAAGUUGCUGUCCAAUGAGAGCUUUUACUACAGCACAGCAGGAUCUGGGAGUGGCAGUGGGGAUGUGCUGGACAUCACCCUGUGUGCUCAGCGGCGCUCUACCACAGCCUCUUCCACAGACAAUAGAUUUUUUUGGAACCGAAUGCUCCAUUUGCACCCAAAGCGAUUUGGAGUGGAUUGUGACCAAUGGUUGAUCAAGGUAAUGUGUGGCAGUGUGGAGUUCUCCUCAAUCUACAUGAACAACCAUUCCCCCAAGAUCCUCAUUGUCUCACGACUCAGCUGUGAGAGAGCUGGCACCAGGUUCAUGGUGCGUGGGGUCAACGAUGGAGGUCACGUGGCCAACUUUGUGGAGACUGAACAGAUGAUCCACAUUGACACCAUGGAUGACCUGGUGCUGUCCUACAUCCAGACUCGCGGCACAGUCCCACUUUUCUGGGAGCAGCCAGGGCUCAAUGUUGGCUCACACAAGGUCAGGAUGUCCCGGGAGCCAGAGGUGUCUGUCAAAGCCUUCCAGAAACAUAUGAGGUUCAUGCGAGAGCGUUAUGGACGCCAGGUUGUGUUGAACCUGCUGGGUACUGGUGUUACAGGACGAAGUCAAGGAGAGGCAGCCCUGUCUCACUUGUUUCAGAUCCAGCAUCUCAACUGCCCCUGGAGCAAGGACUCGCCACACAUUGUGUUUGACUUCCACCAGGAGUGUCGUGGGAACACUGAAGCCCUACCAAAAAAAUUACAGCCGAGGAUAAAGAAUGAAAUGGAGACAUUUGGCUACUUCACCUCCAAAAAAGGACAAGUGCUGUCGCUUCAAAGAGGAACCAUGAGAACCAACUGCUUAGAUUGUUUGGAUCGAACUAACCGAGUCCAGACCUACCUUGGCCUAGACACGCUGAGCAAGAUGCUGGAGUACCUGGGUGUGGCCAGCAAUGGUGUGAUUGUCCAAAGAUUCAGUACCAAGUUGGAGGAGAUGUGGAAAGACAAUGGAAACAGGAUUAGCCAGAUCUAUGCAGGAACCGGGGCCCUUCAAGGAUCCAAGCUGAUUGAUGGGGCAAGGUCAGCUGCCAGGACACUACAAAACAACCUGCUGGACAGCAGCAAGCAGGAGGCCAUUGACAUCCUGCUCCAUGGGAACCUGCUUAACAACUAUCUGGCUGCUCACUCCCGCUCCCUGCUGCCUUCAUCCUGUCUGUAUGCCCCCAUCAGUGUGCUGCGGCAGCUUUGUGAUCUCUCUCAUCAGUACACUAGUCCCAUCCCCCUGAGAGUGGCAGUGGGCACUUACAAUGUCAACGGGGGCAAGCACUUCCGCAGUCUAGCCUACAAGCACCUCUCUCUGGAUGACUGGCUACUUGACUGCCAGAAGAAUACCCUCCAGAGCUCACUGGUGGACACAACUCCAGAGGAGGAGGCAGCCCAGCACAGCCGUGUGCCUGACAUCUUUGCCAUUGGUUUUGAGGAAAUUGUAGACUUGAAUGCCACAAACAUAGUGCAGAACACUCAAUGGUCUGAGAAUGCUGCAUCUUGGGGGAAGGAACUUCAAAAGGUCAUUUCUCGUGAUGAAAAAUUUGUGAUGGUGACAUGGUCGCAACUGGUUGGAGUGGCACUCUUUGUGUUUGUGAAUGAACGACAUGCUGGCCAUGUUAAGCAUGUCUCUGUGGAGAGUGUCAAGACUGGCAUGCAGGGUGCCACAGGUAACAAAGGUGGUGUGGGCAUCAGAAUGGUGGUUCACAACACCUCCAUGGCAUUUGUGUGCUCUCACUUUGCUGCAGGCCAGAAGGAGGUACAGGAACGCAACAAUGACUAUGACACCAUUGCCAGGAAGAUGAUCUUCAAUCUUGGCAUUCCAUUGUGGGCACAUGACUAUGUGUUCUGGUGUGGCGACUUCAACUACCGGAUCAGUCUGACUCGUGAUGAGGUGAUCGACAACAUACAACGAGGGGAGUGGGAAUAUCUGCUGCAACAUGACCAGCUCAAGAUAAGCUAUGCAGAAGGUAAAUGCUUCAAGGGCUUCAUUGAAGGAGAAAUAAGUUUUGCUCCAACCUACAAGUAUGAUCUGUUCUCUGAUGACUAUGACACUGGCGACAAGCAGCGCAUCCCUGCUUGGACAGACCGAGUCUUGUUCUGGCGGCGGCAGUACAACAAGGACCGGGACAAUGCCAACUGGAGCCCAGGGUGCAUCACCCAUUAUGGCCGAGCUGAGCUGAAGCAGAGUGACCAUCGACCAGUGCUAGCAGUGAUUGAGGUAGAGGGAAGUGUUGUGUCCUCACCAAGUCUGAAUUCAGCCUAUGAGAGUGUGGUGGCGUCACUGGGGCCCUCGGACUGCACUGUGGUGGUGCAGCUGCCUGAGGAGAAGGUACGCAACUUGCCUGAAGGUGUUGAUGCAGACUCAGUGUUUGAUGACGAGACACUGGGUGCAGUGCAGGAGGCCAUGGGUGCAGUGGGCUCCGUGGUGCUGGUGCGCUUUGUGGACAACCGAGUGUGGUUCACCUUCAGUGACUCCCAGACUGCACUUAAAGCAGUCUCUACCAGCCCUUUGAAGGUGCGUGGGCAGGAGCUUGAGAUACGCCUGAAGACAGAGGCGUGGCGGGAGCAGCUGGACCAAGAGCUGGCCCUUUGUGGGGACACAACAACACCACUUGUUGAUGAGGAUGCCACACUGAUGCAGCUGGAAGAUGAGGAUCCCACAUUCAGCCUCAGGAACAUGGAAGGUGCCCUGGAGGAACUGUAUCAGAGUCAGGCUGUGGGGGAUGAGCAGGAGGAGGAAGAAGAAAAUGAAGUAGGAGAGCAGCAGCCUCCACGCAUUCCACCAUCCCGGCCUGCUCCCUCACGACCCCCUCCUCCGCGACCCACUCCCCCAGGAUCUGCCCCCAGUUCUCCUGCACCAGCUCGUCCUCAGCCUCAGGGCCCUAAGGUGAUGGUCAUCACCAAGUCCACCCGGGCAGCCCAUUCUUCUGAGACCCCUCCUCAGAGGUCUGCUGCAGAGCCCUCAGGUCCACCAGAGAAACCUGCACGACCCUCCCGGCCUGCUGUCCCAACCCAGUCUGCUCCCCCUUCACAACCUCCUCCCUCAUUACAACCUGCUCCCCCACUACAACCUGCUCCUCCAUCUCAGUCUGCUCCUCCAUCACAGCCUGCUCCUCCAUCACAGCCUGCUGCUCCAUCACAACCUGCUGCCGCAUCACAGACUAGUUCUCAGGAGAGCCCACAAGUUCCCUCACCACCUUUAGAGGCUCCUGUCACAAGUUCCAUAUUUGGAGGUUCUCUCUCAAGUCCACCAGAUGUCCAGCCAGAGGUUAAGCGUUCUGUAUCUCCUUUUGGUGCUCCACCUCCCCUUCCUGAUAAUUUUCCUCCUCAGGUGUCUUCUGGCCCUAAGCCAGCCUCACCCCCACAGCUUGCCCCACAAUCUUUGCCUCCCCGUCUCCCCAGCAGACCCACUGGACCCCAACCUAUACCUGCUAAUAACUCAGAAAGCAGAAAUGUUUCAACAGAUUCUCCACCAUCUGAGCCCCCUCCUGGGCCUCCUCCUGGCCUGCCUCCCACUCUCCAGUCCAAUGGUCCACCCACAGUUCCCUCACGGUCCUUGCCUCCAGUGCCAGGUAGAACUGCAGCUGGUCCUCCCCCAGUUCCCAAUAGAAACCUGCCUCCCGUCCCAGCCCGGAACCUGCCCCCUGUCCCUCCUAGGAAAUAAUUUUUCUCCCUACUUAAUCCCUCAUUGCCUAGUCAUAGGCCAACACCAAAGAAAUUAGUUGGUGCCACUGUCUGUGUGUGUGUAUGUGUGUGUGUGUGAGAGAGAGAGCAUGCAUAUGUGCAUGCAUAUCUGUGUGCAUUUUAUUAAACCAGACAGUAGCACAUAUAAGCUGCUAUUUUACAGAGGUUAUGGUGUUGAGACAGUGAAGUGUGACCGCUAAUCCCCCCUGAAGUGCUUCCAAGGGAUGAUGAAAUCAUUUAGUCCACAAGUGUUGGCUUAACAAAUGUCACAACUCGUACUUUUAAGUGUCCCAAUACUCUUCAGUAUGCAGAGGUGAAAUGUGUUGUUCAUAUGAUCUCCCUUUACUUUGUUCUGAGUGUAAUGCAGCAGAGUAAAACUGUGGUUCUCAAAGUUUCUUUUGCAGAGUAAAUGGAUGUGUUAUAGUAUUAUGCUCAUGGUCUUAUGAUGUCUGGGCAGCAAGUUUUGAUCAUGGUCAGUUGAAUUUGCAUGAUCUUUUGCAGUUAUUAUAAUGAACCAUGUAAUGUGUUUGGCUCCCUGUGCUCCAGCAUGAUGAGACUGGCUUAGCUUUCAGACCAGAGUCUUAAAUGUAACAAAUUACAGUUCUUUCUAGUCACUGUUGACAUGACUUUAAACCACUCAAUGACAAUUAAUUCAUUCAUAAAUAAAGGGGGCGUGAAAUGUUCUUGCAUAUCACAGUAUGGAUGCUGAGUAAGGUCUUGUUGAGUUUGAUCCAUGAACAUUUAUUCUCAGCAGUAGUUGUAAGGUGUACCAUAUCUAUGUGUACUGCAUGAGUGUUGAGGCAAAACUACAGUCCGGCUUCGUGCACUUGUUGGUAUAGGUCACUGAUUUGCACAAUGCCUCACAUAAAAGUACAGCCUCAGAUGUCACAAAUUGAAGAAUCACAUGACAUGAUUCACAAAAAAAAUGCAAAGAUUAGUAUUAUACUGAUGCAUUAUAAUAGAUGGGUAUUUCUUAACUUAUGUAUUACAAGGAUUGAAGAAUGUGGUGUAAUUCCAUGUAUGCAGUAAUUUCCAACACAAUGUCAAAACUUCUUUUAAGAAUGGAAUCACUUGUAAGCUAAAUAAUUUUGAUUUUUUGCUUUUCUUUUCUUGUUUAACACCUGAUUAUUUUAGUGAAACUGGGGCAAGUCAUGACAAUGUGCUCUUACAUUAUGGUUAAAAUAGUUAAUAUUUCAGUUAAUAUGAUACUGUAUGUAUAUAUCAUUGUGCUGUACAUCUGUCUUGUUUGUUUCUUACUGGUGUCUUCUAUAUCUACAUGCUUGGCCGACAUUUCUCUUAAAAAGGGAGGAUAGCCAAGACACGGUGUCUAAAUAAUGCCUUGUCUCUGGUGUCUUCUGUCUAUCUGUAUACAUCUGAUGCCUAUUCUGGGGAACUCUCUCAAGGGGACAGCAGCUAAUCGUUUCUUGGGUAUGACAUACACAGGUAAAUUUUAUACACUUCAAAAUUACAGAAACUAUAUUUUGUAUCAAAACAUACAUACAUUCAUAACAUGUAAAAUAUGAAAAUCAUAAAUAUCAUGUUUGUUCAUGUUGCAGUGAUGACUUUUCUGCUGUUAUGGAGGAAUGUAAAAUAGAUAAAAGUGAUUUUUUAAGUGCUCUUUAUAAUUUUGUAAUUGUUGUUUACCAUGUGCAUUUGUAUAUUGUUGAUUUAUACAUGUAUAUUUUAUAGUUUUGCUAUUAUUAUAAUGGAUCAUGUUGACAGAAUUCUGAACACAUUUUUAUGAUCUCUUUUUCUUCUGGUUAUGAAACUUUCCUCAUAUAUUCUGUUGAAAAAUCAGUUAAGUUUCAUAGAUCUACAUGAAAUAGUAAGUCAUGUAUGACUACUUUCCUUUUCCAACAAUGAGGUAUGACCCUUGGCCUGCCAGUGUGAGAUGUUAGCCAGCAACGCAGCAUUACGUGGUAUCAUCCUUACCAGGGUGUUCAUAGAUCAUGACAGUGAGCAGUGAUGAGAAUAAAUAUCCUGUUUGACUUGCUACUCACUCAAACAUGAUGAACCAGAAAAUAUGACUUCCAGGAGAGUUAGAUAAGGCACCACCACAUACAUAUUAAACUUAUUUAUUGUUGAAUGUACUAUAUAUGUACUUGAUGAACAUGUAGAUCCUUUUGAGGCUUGGUUUGCAAAAGCUGAGCUGAAAGAAACUUUAGAAACUUUAAUUUAUAUGCAUUAUUGAAGUAAUGAGAAUACAUACAAUAUUUUUAAAUCUUGCAUAUUCAGCAGUGCUGAGUGAAAGAGUAAGAAUGAGAAUACAUACAUACAUUUUAAAUUAGUUUUGUGUUUAGCAUUGUUGAGUAAAAGAGUAAGAUUGAUGAGAUUUAAAAUAUUUAGGCCACAUAAAUAUAAGAUUAGUCCAGAGUAAGAACUGAAAAGACAAAUUACCCUGUAGAGUUGCAGAUGACUAUACAGUUUGACUAGUUGUAAUCCGGUGACUAAGGUUGAUUUAUGUUAACACAUACUGACUUCCAGAAUGCGGCUACUAAUUAUGAAAAUCUAAGGGAUUUUUUUAUCAUUAUAUAUAUAUACUCGUAUAUAUAUAUAUAUAUAUAUAUAUAUAUAUAUAUAUAUAUAUAUAUAUAUAUAUAUAUAUAUAUAUAUAUAUAUAUAUAUAUAUAUAUAUAUAUACACACACACACACACACACACACACACACACACACACACACACACACACACACACACACACACACACACACACACACACACACACACACACACACACACUAAACUGCAUUUUCUCAUUGAGGGACCCUUGUUACUGGAUGGGAGGUAGCAUUUGACUCGUAGGUUUAUGUUAUUUAAAAAGUUAUUUAUAUUCUAUUUAUACUCAUAUUUUGAAUGGCUUAAAGGUGAAAAUCAGAGGAAUGAAUGGAUUGCAAAUUGCAUGGUGUCACUGGUGUCAUAUAUUGUAAAGAAGUAAGAGAAUGUAUGUCAUGAUAUACAGUAGGAAGAGGAAAUUAAAUAUAAGAUAUUUUAAUAAAAAAAAACAUGGACUUGUUCAAGAUCACAAAAUAUGUCUAGAGCAGCUAAAUAAGAGCUGAAAGAAGUGUUAUAGAAGUUUUCUUUUGAGACUGAAAUUCUGAAGUAAAUUAUGGAUUUUACAAGAUAUCGAAAAGAAGACUGAUCUCUUGGAAGUAUGUGUAAACUGUUAACUGAAGAAAUAAUCACAGGUCAGGCCUUUUGACAUCACAUCCCAUGAAGUGCUGCAAGUGGCAUAUAACACUACACAGCCGCUGUUGGUGAGACCGAAAGUGAGCAAGAAAAUAAUUUUUGAUGUGAUGUUACAUUGCUAGUCAUGCUGUACUAGUAAUUGUGUUGCCUAUUGAAAGUCUACAGAAUUUUGUUGUUACAUUGUUAGCAGGAAAUAUUUUAAGUGAUGUUCACACAUUCCAUAUUUGUAGGAUUGACUCAGGAGUGUUUCUGUUGUUGGGCUUGACAGGAAUGUUUAAAUUUCAUUAAAUACACUCACACUCAUUAACACAUGUUCACACUCAUCAGUUCAACAUUUCCCUGGAAAGGUAGGCAGCUUAUGCUGUCAUAACAUUCCUUAUCUUAUAGAAGCAGUCAGCCCUUCAGGAGUAUGUCCUGUGUGGGACAGGUGUGUUGUUUUUGGACUGGAUGUCAAGUUAAUGGUGCUGGACAUGAACAGGGCUGGGUAGUAGGGAGACGGCAGAAGGCACCACACCAUAACCACAAUAAGUGUAGUGUUGUCCAUGAUUGUUGACAUGGUUGUUUUAAUUUGUAGAUAUGUAAAAAAAAAAAAUAUACAGGAAAUAAAUAUCAAAUAAAUCCAG